AUGACAAAUAAUUUAGCUGGAGCCACAAUCCCAACUGCAGCUGAAUCGGAUAGGGGUCCAAUGAGUGAGAGAACUGAUAUGGCCAAGAAGCCCAAGAAAGGAGAAGCUGGGGAUGAGGAUGUGGACAUAGACGACGAUAUGCCCGCAACCAGCUUCCCACCAGUGGAGAUUGAGAAGGAUGAAGGUGUUUAUGAACAAAAUCAUGAUCAUGGUCGUGCCACUAGUAGUUCUAGCAGUUCCAGUAGCUCAGGCAGUGACUCAUCCUCUUCCAGUGGUAUUGAAUCUUGUGUUACUACAUUUUACUAA